AUGUCCAUUCCGACAUUUGAUGAUAUGCGAGAACGUAUGGCUCCCGUCUGGAAGGACGAGAACUACAAACGGGACAUACUCUGGGCGGGGAUCUUUGGCUCCGUGGCGCGUAAUCGUGCCCACAAGGAAUCUGAUGUCGAUGUUCUCAUCGUAUUGAAGGAGCACGAACACUCUGGUGAACCUAUAGAUCUUCGUGAAAACCUCGCUGAGGCGUGUGCGCGCGACAUUUCGUUGAUGUGUAUCUGGCAGGGUCCGGAUUGGGCCUGGGGUCACGUCCGCGUUGAAGCACUACUUUCGAGCCGUACAAUAUAUGGGAAUCGUCGAGAUGUCGAGCAUCUUCGUCUAGAGGCUACGUCCAUUCUAAAGUAUGGGAUGAAACGACUCGAUCGUAUUGCCGAAGCAGUCCAAAAAAUUAAGGCACAGAUUGCCAAGGUGCAAACAUAUGAGAAUUUCACCACCCCCCUCCAAGAGCCUGCGCGAGAGGAGUGUAUUCAAGAGCUCAGGAAGAUUGUUGAGUUGUUGGACAUUCAGCCACUGCAUCAUCCCAUCCGGACCAUGCUUGUCCCACUGGCAUUUGAGUAUGCUGAUCAAAUUCGUACUCUCCUGACUCAAGAUCAGCCGGAUGCCACCAUAGGAGCUGCACCAGUCUGGAGGAGCAUAUGGAAUCACCUCCAAUCGACCUCGAUGACUAUGUGGGCUUUUGACGCUGGAUGUGCUGUGGGCGGACGAGCCUAUAUCCGACACAUUCUAGCAUCAAAGAGAUUGGCUGAUAGGUUUGAGGAAGGGGGUGAGGUUGAUGAUAGUAUGUAUAGUGAGAUCGUUCGAUGA